AUGGCAUCGCCAGCCAACAUCCCCGAUCUCGAGACGGAGAUCGCAGCGCAGACGGCUAGGUUCAACGAGCUGCGGCUGGCUGGCCAACCGCUGGACGGCAUCAAACAGACCCUCUCCGAGUUGAAGAAGACGCUUGCUCUGGCCAAGAAUGCAGGCGGGGAGAAGAAACCCAAGGCAGCGGGCGCAGACGGAGAGGCGCGGCCAGAGAGCUCCUCACAGGAGAAGAAGAAGGAGAGGCUGCUGCUGAAAACAGCAAAGGGCACCCGCGACUACGGCCCCGCCGAGAUGUUCUGCCGCUCCCACAUCGAGCGCACCAUCACAGACUGCUUCACCACCUACGGCGGCGCCUGCCUCGACACGCCCGUCUUCGAGCGCAAAGACGUGCUGACCGACAAGUACGGCGAGGACGCCAAGCUCAUCUUCGACCUCAUGGACCAGGGCGGCGAGCAGCUCGCGCUGCGGUACGACCACACCGUCCCCCUGGCGCGCUAUCUCGCGAUGCAGGGCGGGAGCUCGACGCAGAGCAAGCUGUGGCAGGUGGGCAAGGUGUAUCGAAGGGACAAUCCCGUGAUGAGCAAGGGCAGGAUGAGGGAGUUCACGCAGGCGGACUUUGAUAUUACGGGGAGUUGGGACGCGAUGAUUCCUGAUGCUGAGAUUCUGUCGCUCCUCUGCACUAUCCUCACCAAGCUCGACAUCGGCGAGUUCACGUUGAAGGUAAAUCAUCGCCGAAUCCUCGACGGGAUCUUCGAAGUAUGCGGUGUGCCACCCGAGAAAAUUCGAAGUAUAUCCUCAGCCGUCGACAAACUCGAUAAACUUCCAUGGGCUGAAGUUAGGCUCGAAAUGACGGAAGAAAAGGGUCUCGAUCCUGCCGUCGCAGACAAGAUUGGCGAAUACGUGAAGCACAAAGGCGGCCCUGAGCUCCUCUCUCUCCUCGAACGCGAUGCGGCUCUAACGGCCAACGCAAGUGCAAAGCAAGGACUAAGCGACAUGCGCAUCCUCUUCACCCUCUUGAAGGCGUACGGCGUCAUUGAGCGGAUAUCAUUUGACAUGUCGCUCGCACGAGGGUUGGACUAUUAUACGGGGAUCAUCUACGAAGCGAUCGUAGAGGCGAGUGCGCCUCCAGGGUUCAAAGCCGCCAACGCCUUCGCUUCUGCUCCAUCGGCGGAGUCGUCCACUGCCUCUUCUUCCGCACCUGCACCCGCCGCCACCGAAUCCAAGAAGCCCAAACCAAAGCCAAAAACCACCAACAGCCCCAACGCAGACGACGACAAAGACAUCGACGAAUCCCAAGUCGGCGUCGGCUCCAUCGCCGCAGGCGGGCGGUACGACAACCUCGUCGGCUCCUUCCUCUGCGGCGCCGCAGGCAUCACGCCCACCUCCAACCCAAAGGACUACAAGAAGCUCAUGGGCGCGGGGGCGCCGUGCGUCGGGGUCAGCAUCGGGAUGGACAGGAUCUUCGCGCUGGUGUGGCCGAGGUGGGUGGAGAGGGGGGCGAGGGCGAAGGGGACGAUGGUGUAUGUGAUGAGUGCGGGCGAUGGGCUGUUGGAGGAGAGGGUGAGGCUGGUGAAGGAGCUGAGGGAUUCUGGGGUUAAGACCGACUUCCUCGCCAAGUCCAAACCCAAGAUCGCCGCCCAGUUCGCCGCGGGCGAGCGCGACGAGGUGCCAUUCGCCGUCAUCCUCGGCGCGGACGAGCUCAAAGCCGGGCUCGUCACCGUCAAAGAGCAGAGCUGGCGCCUCGUCGACGGGAAGAAGGUCAAGAUCGAGAGCACGGACAAGGGCACACAGGUCAAAAGGGACGAGCUGGUGGCGUGGUUGAAGAAGAGCGAGACGUGGGGCGAGUGGGAGGCGGGGGUCUGGUGA